AUGUUGCCCAAUGAAAGAAUAUCUCAGUCUGAUAAUAACAAUGAAAUUUUGCUACCUAGCAAUAAUAAAACUGCACUGUCUAGUAAUAAAGAUGAUAAUAUACAACAUAAUGAUAUAACAAUGUUUGAUAAUAAUCUACAGUCAAAUAAUAUUACUGAAGGCUUAAUUACUAGCACUACAAAAAAUGAACGGGGCUCCCCACUAGACCAAACCUAUAGGCGAUGCACUUAUGCAUGUGACCGUCAAGGAACUUAUGAACCUAAAAAGUCUGUAAUCUUAGAAAAUCAGCGAAAUAGCAAAUCAAAACGCACUAGGUGCCCUUGGCAUAUUAAUGUAACCUUUCCAAAAAAAGCUACAACUAUUAGCAUAACAUCUCUGAAUAUUAGUCAUAAUCACCUACUUGAUUUUCAGACUAAUUUGUAUGCAUCCAAAAAUCAAACAUUACCUGAAGCUUUUCCUAAUAUUAUGAUAUACCUGCGUGAUCUACAAAACUUAAUUCAAAAAUAUAAAAUAGCUAAUCAGGAAGAAAAUGAUGCUUCAAAACUUCUCAAACAUUUACUUAACAAAAAAGCUAAAGAACUGGGAUGGGAAGUAGCAAGUUACCUUAAUUCUGAGCUUUACUCUAGCAAAAAAAAAUGGGCUAAAGCAUACACAAAUAAAUUCUUCACAGCUGGUAUUUCAUCUACAUCACAUGUUAACAGUGAAAAUGUUAUAAUAAAAAAUGUUCUUCAAGGCCAUCCUAGUCUUUGUGAACUUGCCGCUAUUUUGGACUUGCAGGGUGCUUCUGCUAAAUGCUUUCCUGAAAUUGACCACAUUCUUAAGAAAUAUCUUACUGAGGAAAUGCUUUCCUGA